AUGGCUGUGUGCGAGUGCAAUGCUAAGGGUGCACUUAGCCAGAAGCUUCCUCGCUUGGUGCACCUAGGCACCAAGGCUGGCCAUCUUCUAGCCCUGCAGUUUCACCUUGACCCACUACCCCUUGGGUCCCUACACUUAGCCAACUGUGUGUGGGUCACAUACACUUACAUGUCUGUCAGGGGGCCAAAAGCACUGAUGGGCCCUGAAGCGCUGGGACAUGGAAGGUUGCAGAAGGUUCUGGAAGAGCUAGAGAUGCCCUAUAUGGGAGGCCCCAGGCAACAUCACCCUUGCCUUGCUUUCUGGCACAGGGGCCCUUCUGUCUCUCUGUGCCAUCCUCUCCGGUGCCAACCCAUCCAGGUGCGCCUGGACGACGGCCGCAGACCCGCGGCCAUGGCCGGCGGCGCCUGUGAGGCAGGCCAGCCACAGCCGCCGCCGCUGCGGCGGGAAGGAGGAAGGCGGGCGCAGGCCCCGAGCCGCCGCAGGGGAGAGGUGGAGCCUCAGCCCCGAGAGCUCGACUUGGUCCCCCUUUCCGGCGGCUACUGUCCCCGGUCCUGCCCCCAGCCCAUUCCCCCCGGACCGGGACGGCGGGGUUCCCCAUGGGCGACCGGCAACGACCCCCCGGCGGGCGGGCGUGUGCGCGGGAGGCGGUGCUUGGCGCGGGCAAGGGGCGGCGCGGCGGAGCCUGCGCAGCUGCUGGCGCCCUUUAAGCCGCACCGCCCGCCCGGGUGUCUGUGCAGCUUAGGAGCCGCGCGGGUAGGAGCUGCCGCCAGCACCGCCUGCCGCCGGGGACGCGCCUUCCUCCUCCGGUCCCCCAUCUCCGGCAUCACCACCGCCCCCUCCUCCCCACCCUCUGCUCCGCCGCAUCCCCGCUCCUCCCGCCACAGCUCUAAGAUGCCUCGCUAUGAACUGGCUUUGAUCCUGAAAGCCAUGCAGAGGCCUGAGACUGCAGCUGUGCUGAAGCGCACUGUGGAGGCUCUUAUGGAGAGAGGAGCCAUUGUGAGAAACCUGGAAAACCUGGGAGAAAGAUCUCUGCCGUACAGAAUCUCCAAGCACAAGGAGCACCACAGAAGAGGAGGGUAUUUCUUAAUAGACUUAGAGGCCCCACCUUCGAUAGUAUCACCCAUGAUGGAUCAUUUAGGACGUGAUAUCGAUGUAAUUAGACCUGCCUUUAUAAAGCAUCUUCCAUCAAAGACAGAAGAGUGCAGUGGCAUAGUCCCAGCCAACUAUGAAGACAAACUUACUGCCAAGAAGAAGUGAAGAUUUCAACAAACAUGCUUGAAACUUUUUUACUAUCUUCUUUUAUUCCUCCUCUGGAAAGCUGUUGUGAUAACUUAAUGCCUGUUAAAAAUAAUCGGUUUGGGCCAUGUUGUGUGUAUGGUUACACUACGCUGCCUUAAGCUAUUGUAAAAUCUAAAGUUUCUUUUUGUUCACAAUUAUUUGAAUCUAGACUUAAUCUAUAUGCUUUUAUCUUCGUAUCUGACAAGCGUGAGAUUUGAUUUUUCUUCUCUCUUAGAGCAUUUCUUUGAUGGUGAAGAUUCAUCCACCAUCAGAAUGCUAAAAACAGCAUUCUUUUGGGAAAAGAGAUUACCUCAGAAUAUGUGCAUUUACAUGAGAGAUUAAGAAGUCUGCAGUGUAAAUAUAGGAGUAUAGGGAUGUGAUUUGUUGGAGAUUCUUUGAUUUUUUUCUUGUUUUUGGAAAAAGGUAAUAAAGUGUGACUAAAAAUAAAA